AUGGCGUCCACGGCGCCCGCGCGCCCUCCCCGGCCUCUGUACCCCUUCCACGACCACGACAUUGACAACGUCGAGCGCCGCUUCCAGGACAGCAUCGGAUACACACUGGCCAACGAACGAGCACCCGACUCAGCCAUGGGUGCCGCAGGAACCCUCCAGAUCUGGCCCAAGUUGCACAUGGAGCCCUACCAGAACAUGCCCGAGUUUGACAAGGCGAGAUUCAACCGCCUACCCAGCAAUCACACCGAUCCCUUCCUCACCCAGCCUGCAAGGCCCCGUCCGACCCUGCACGCUGCCGCCAGUCAGCCCGAUCUGUAUUCCGCCUCGCGCAAAAAUGCAAUCAUGACCGACGCUGCUGUGCCUCCGCCCAUCCCUCAACCCCUCCAACGUAGCCACAGAGUCGAUUUUUCCAGGCUCUUCUCGAGACACAAAUCAAAGAACAAGGACAAGGGAAAGGAAAAGAUGACGAGGCCUUCAACCAACCACGGAUCCACAGCAGUUCUGCCUCUUCCACCGCCCCCACCCGUACCUGUUUCGACUCGCUCUCGCCAGGACAGCGAUCUCUCGUCCGUCCGACCUGCCUCGUCGGGUACCGCUAGCCACCGCACCCAGGCCACUGCCUUUGACCGCAACGCUACCGAGAAUGCAAAGAUCAAUGUGCGCAGGCCGCCAAAGGGAAUCAAGCAUUGGUUUGAAGGUCUGGACUCAUCCGACGACGACCUGCCCGAAGUCGUUACUCCUGCCGAAACCAUUCACCAAUCUGCAUUCAAUCCAGCACUUGGUCCUGGAAGAUCAAGAGUUGCCCCCACCUCGCGUGUCACGCCCACCUGUGAAGGCUCGUCACCAGAUUACUUCCACUACCAGAACUCUGUACACCAAGCACACUCGCAAACCCAAAAUCUCCAGGAACGCAGCAUGCUAAAUCUCUCUUCCGACGAAGACGACGACCAAUCCGAACCUCCAUCACCACCCAGAUGGGCUGACCAUUCGACCACCAUGAACGGACCUGCAUCUGAUUCUGUGAGCUGGAACAAGACGACUGCUACGAGACAGUCGACGUUUAGCAUGCAAACAACAAUGACGUCUGGCUCUAUUCCCAUCAUUCACGCUGACAACCUGGAGCUCGCGUAUCGGACUCCUCUACCCCCUCUUCCUGCUCGGUACCAAAACUAUCCAGAUGUCAGCGCUGUUCCUGCUCCUUUGCGGAAACAAAAGUCCUAUCAUUUCUCGUCUCCGGGACGUACACGAGCGACGAGCAUCACAUCAACUGGCAUGCAAAGUGCUAGCAGCGGCUCCACUACAGGUCAGUCUCACGUCAUGGCUGUCACUCAGGAAGAGAUGGCCUUGCUCGAGAUGAUGCGUCGCAAGAGAGCCGAGAUGCAGACUCAAUCCAGUCACCCAUCUCGAAGACAGGAUUCGUCCAGCCAACCUUCUCAAUACGAUCGCAAGAACUCUGUUAUCAGAAGCACCGCUUCAUCGACCUUCUCGAGAGGCAGUGCCAUGAGUAUUGGUCUCAUGCUUGAUGCGCCUGAAGGCACCGCUUUCCCUGCACCUCCGAGUAACAGGAUCGUGCACGAAACACAGGACAUGAACUACUUCAGCCUUGACGAGAAACGCACCAACAGGUCAUCCGAUAUGUCAACCCCUCACUCUUACAUGCUGGCGGAGCUGGAGGCACCUACCGAACAGCUGCAAGCUCUUUGCUUCCAACAACCACCCAAAUCCGCGAGCUCGAGUCAAAAUAAACUUGUCCCGUUUGAAAACACAGCCGAUCCCUAUCGUUUGGCACCAGACCUUGAGCUCUCUUCCCUCGAUCUCUUGCCGCUUCCUGCCCGCACCUACUCUCCCUCCCUCGCCGGCACUUGCAGUUCGGCUAUGACUCCUGAGUUCAGCACCCAUGGCACGACCAACUUCAACGUCACUGGCAGCGAUAGCGAGACCAGCAGCGAGGCAGACAGAUACCGCAACAGUGUCAAGACCAUGGACAGUGUAGACCUGGAUGUCAUUAGCGCCUGGAGCCGCCUGGGCGGACAAUAG